AAAAAUGUUAAUUCUACAAGGAGAGGAACACUCUCCCGGGUAGCGUUCAAAAUUUCGCUGUAUUAAUUAGUUUCUAUUUGCGGCUAAAGGCGGCUAAAGGCAUACUGUUAAUUAUUCAAGCAUCUUAAUCCAGGCAAGACAUCUUCUAUCCGAUAUGAGAGUAUCGAACGGCUUCAAUUUAUCUGAUUGCAAGUUGCACUCUCUGAAAGGCUGCUUCUUCAUAGGCGAAGAUGGGUGGUCUAGGAACCCCAAAUUUGCUUAAGUCACACCAUUUUCAUUCAAAUGAACUACUCAAACUACCCCGACGAGGGGCACAGAGAAUUUGUUCAGCUACAGACUUGAAAAAUUCUGCGCUAAAAGUCCGUUGUUGUGAUAGGCCUUCAACUACGAAAGUGGGUCGCAUUGGGCAAGAUCGUUUUAAAGAAGGAGCUCUGCCUGGUACCUAUUGGAAGGCAAAAGCUGACUCGGAAAUUGGGGGCGAGGUGCUUUUGACAUUCAACAAGGACUCCAAAAAAGCAUCAAAUGACGACCCCCAAAGCCGGAGGAUCAACUACUUGGUAGACUCUCAUCAAAGAAGAUCAAGUCAGGACAAGGAUGACCUCCUCCAAUCCAGUUUCAUUAAGGACGACCUUCUCCAUCUAUCUUCCAGUCCAGCAUUUGAAGGAAAGCAUCACCAAAUUGAGCAUCAACCAAGUGUUAGACAAGGUGGCAUCCCAGUCAUCACUCCUCCAGUCGGGUUGGUCCACCUCAGCAUGAUCAGAUUCAAUGUACCUGGCGUAUUAAAGAUGGCACAAACUUCGAUGUACCUACCCCGGCUAUCCAUUGGUCGAAUAUUCCAAAGAAGACGUGUCCAAAUGAUGCAAUUAUUUCAUUGGUUAGAAUUAAGUUUGUUGUAACAAACUCUAAUUAGG